GCGAUAAAUCUGUAUUAGAAGUUGUCGGUGUUGUUGAGAUCUCAAUCUUUAUUUAUGUUUGGAGCUCAAGAAAAGAAAAGGAAAGAAAAGAAAAGAAUGAGCAAAGAAGCAGCAGCAGAGUACCACUCCAAGGAUUUCGAGUGGGAUCAACUCAGACGAGAAAUCGAAUCCGACCCAUCUCUUCUCUACCAUUUUCUUCUACCUCUCGAUGAUACCCAUCUUCCCUCAUCUUCUCAAUCUUUUUCUGGGUCUGUCUCAUCUUCUCCUUCCCAACACUCAGAUGCAUGGAACAAGUUUCACUCUCGUCACUCCUCCGGAAAAUUCUUCAAGGUUCAGUUCAACCUCUUUCACAGUCAUAUUGAUGAUUGUUUAUGAGAGGCGGUAUUUGUUGAAGGAAUUUCCUGAACUAUUGUCUUGUGAUGAAUAUUCGAAAGUUUUGGAAGUGGGAUGUGGUAAUGGCAGUACUGUUCUACCAAUUUUACGUGGCAACGAGAGCAUCACUGUCUAUUCUUGUGAUUGUAGCAUUGAGGCUCUUAAAAGGGCUGAAGAAGUGAUAGAUGCCACUGAUUUAAUCUCAGUAAAACAUCGUUUUCAUCCAUUCCCUUGUGAUUUUUCUAUUAGUGGGUUUCCGAAGUGGUUGGCCUGCGACUCUUGCAGGGAAGUUAAUCUGCAAAAGCAGGACACUUGCCUUUCUGAUGUUGAAGACAAGAGAGGGGCAGGAUUAAAUGAUUUUACUUCUUUGAAGGAACAUAAAUGCUGCCUUGGUGGGGUGGAUUUUGUGACCUUGAUAUUCACGCUGUCAGCAGUACCACUUCACAGGAUGCCAGCAGCCAUUGCAGCAUGUUUCUCAGUAUUGAAACCUGGUGGCCUACUUCUAUUCAGAGAUUAUGGCCUUUAUGACAUGACGAUGCUUCGAUUUGAGCCAGACAAAAAAGUGGGAUUUAGGGAAUACAUGCGUUCUGAUGGAACUCGUUCCUACUUUUUUUGUUUGGAUACUGUGAGGGAUCUCUUUGUGGGCUCUGGCUUCACUGAGCUUGAGCUUGAAUAUUGUUGUGUUACGUCCGUGAAUCGUCGGAAAGGAAAGAGCAUGCGGAGGGUAUGGGUUCAUGGGAAGUUCCAGAAGUCGGUAUGAAGUUAUCCCUCAAUUGUCCCUCAUUGGAGUGUCAUUACCAUGAAGGACUGUAAAACUUUUGUUGCUUUUAGGAAGAUGCAAGAAAGUAUUCAUUUGUUUUCGAUUUUGGGAUAAAGCUGUAUGAGACAGAAAUAUGGAGCAAGAAUAUUCAAGGUUAAGGGUUAAUUGUGAAGAAUGAAAUUGUGGCUUUAAUUA